CCCUGGCAUGCAGUCCACGCACCGCUCUUCACACAGAGGAAUAAGAUAAAAUAGCUUCCUCCCCCUCACGUUGCUACUUAAAGCCAGGGAUGGGGAAAAAAUAAUCCCUCAGCCCCUGCCCUGCUCGUGGUGAUAAGAGCAAUGCAAUCCUCUUUUUAAAGGAGGCAGCCAAGGCAAUUACGUGAUUUCAUAAACAGCCAUUUCAGGGCUCUCUGCAUUGUGGAUGUCUGCUCGGUCCUUUUGCACCAAAUCCGUCGCAGCAGCAAGGCCAGAGAGUUUGCCUCGACUCCCCUCACCACCAAAAUAAAUGCACAGGGCAGGAUUGUUCCACUGAGCAGCCGUGACUGGGGAGAGAGAAGAAGGAAGGAGAUGGUACGUGCCGACAGCUCUGAACUGAUUGCGGUGAGGAUUGCUAUGUAUGAGAGAGUUCAGGGGGGAAAGAGGAGGAAGUCACAGAGGCAGCCAAAGCUCGCAGGAUGGCAAGAGCCAAGCUGAAGAAUUCCCCCUCUGAGAGCAAUUCCCAUGUAAAAACUGUCCCACCAGCAACGACAGAAGAUGUCCACGGGGUGAGCCCCUUGUUGCCGGCUCGAAGGAUGGGAUCCAUGGGGAGUGAUGUCGGACAAAGGCCUCACGCCGAGGACUUCAGCGUGGAUUCCUCCUUCUCACAGGUGCAGGUCGAGUUCUAUGUGAAUGAAAACACCUUCAAGGAGCGGCUGAAGCUCUUCUUCAUCAAAAACCAGCGAUCCAGCCUGAGGAUCCGGCUCUUCAACUUCUCCCUGAAGCUGCUCACCUGCCUCCUGUACAUCGUCCGUGUCCUGCUCGACAACCCGGAGGAGGGCAUAGGCUGCUGGGAAUGUGAAAAACAGAAUUACACCGCGUUCAACCAGUCCACAAAGAUAAACUGGUCACACAUCUUCUGGGUGGACAGGAAAACGCCGCUGUGGGCUGUGCAGGUCAGCAUAGCUUUAAUCAGCUUUCUGGAGACCAUGCUGCUCAUCUAUCUCAGCUACAAGGGGAACAUCUGGGAACAGAUUUUCCGCAUUUCAUUCAUCCUGGAGAUGAUCAACACGGUGCCAUUUAUUAUCACGAUAUUCUGGCCUCCUUUGAGGAAUUUGUUUAUUCCUGUGUUUCUGAACUGCUGGCUUGCCAAAUAUGCCCUGGAGAACAUGAUUAACGACCUACACCGAGCCAUACAAAGGACCCAGUCUGCGAUGUUUAACCAAGUGCUCAUUCUGAUCUGCACCCUCCUGUGUCUUGUUUUCACGGGGACCUGUGGCAUCCAGCAUUUAGAAAGAGCAGGUGAGAAGCUCUCCCUCUUCAAGUCCUUCUAUUUCUGCAUCGUCACCUUUUCCACUGUGGGCUACGGAGAUGUGACCCCAAAGAUCUGGCCUUCCCAGCUCCUCGUCGUCAUCAUGAUCUGCGUCGCCCUCGUCGUGCUGCCGCUCCAGUUCGAGGAGCUCGUCUACCUGUGGAUGGAGCGGCAGAAGUCGGGAGGCAAUUACAGCCGCCACCGUGCCCAGACGGAGAAGCACGUCGUCCUCUGUGUCAGCUCCCUCAAGAUCGACCUCCUCAUGGACUUCCUCAAUGAGUUUUAUGCGCACCCACGUCUGCAGGACUACUACGUGGUGAUACUUUGCCCAACAGAGAUGGACAUCCAGGUGCGGCGGGUCCUGCAGAUCCCCCUGUGGUCACAGCGAGUGAUCUACCUCCAGGGCUCUGCGCUGAAGGACCAGGACCUCAUGAGAGCCAAGAUGGACAAUGGAGAAGCCUGUUUCAUCCUCAGCAGCCGGAACGAGGUGGACCGCACCGCGGCGGAUCACCAGACCAUCCUGAGGGCCUGGGCUGUGAAAGAUUUUGCUCCAAACUGUCCCCUCUAUGUUCAGAUUCUGAAGCCUGAAAACAAGUUCCACGUCAAGUUUGCCGAUCACGUCGUCUGUGAAGAGGAGUGCAAAUACGCCAUGCUGGCGCUCAACUGCGUCUGCCCCGCCACCUCCACCCUCAUCACCCUCCUGGUGCAUACAUCCCGUGGCCAGGAGGGCCAGGAGUCCCCGGAGCAGUGGCAGCGGAUGUACGGGCGCUGCUCGGGCAAUGAGGUCUACCACAUCCGGAUGGGCGACAGCAAGUUCUUCAUGGAGUACGAAGGGAAGAGUUUCACCUACGCCGCCUUCCACGCACACAAGAAGUACGGAGUCUGCCUGAUCGGCAUCCGGAGAGAGGAGAACAAGAGCAUCCUGCUGAACCCCGGCCCGCGGCACAUCAUGGCAGCAUCCGACACCUGCUUCUACAUCAACAUCACCAAGGAGGAGAACUCUGCCUUCAUCUUCAAGCAGGAGGAGAAGCAGAAGAAGAAGGGCUUUGCUGGGAGAGGAACCUAUGACGGCCCAUCCCGCCUGCCUGUGCACAGCAUCAUCGCCAGCAUGGGUACAGUGGCCAUGGACCUGCAGAACACGGAGUGCCGCCCCGCUAACAGCAGCAAGCUGGCGCUGCCGGCGGAGAACGGCUCCGGCAACCGGCGGCCCAGCAUCGCGCCGGUCCUCGAGCUGGCCGACACCUCCUCCCUGCUGCCCUGCGACCUGCUCAGCGACCAGUCGGAGGAUGAGAUGACGCAGUCGGACGAGGAGGGGUCGGCGGUCGUGGAGUACGUGAAAGGCUACCCCCCGAACUCCCCCUACAUCGGGAGCUCCCCCACUCUGUGCCACCUCUUACCGGAGAAGGCCCCAUUCUGCUGCCUGAGGCUGGACAAGGGCUGCAAGCACAACAGCUUUGAAGAUGCCAAAGCCUACGGGUUUAAGAACAAACUGAUUAUCGUUUCGGCAGAGACGGCCGGGAACGGGCUCUAUAACUUCAUUGUCCCCCUUCGCGCGUACUAUCGGUCCCGCAAAGAGCUGAACCCGAUUGUGCUGCUGCUGGACAACAAGCCUGAGCACCACUUUCUGGAAGCCAUCUGUUGUUUCCCCAUGGUUUACUACAUGGAGGGCACGAUCGACAACCUGGACAGCUUGCUGCAGUGCGGCAUCAUCUACGCCGACAACCUGGUGGUUGUGGACAAGGAGAGCACCAUGAGCGCCGAGGAGGACUACAUGGCAGAUGCGAAGACCAUUGUCAAUGUCCAGACCAUGUUCAGGCUCUUCCCCAGCCUCAGCAUCAUCACGGAGCUGACCCACCCCUCCAACAUGAGGUUCAUGCAGUUCAGAGCGAAGGACAGUUACUCUCUUGCCCUUUCCAAGCUGGAGAAGAAAGAGCGAGAGAAUGGCUCCAACCUGGCCUUCAUGUUCCGCCUGCCCUUCGCCGCCGGGAGGGUCUUCAGCAUCAGCAUGCUGGACACGCUGCUCUACCAGUCGUUCGUGAAGGACUACAUGAUCACCAUCACUCGGCUGCUGCUGGGCCUCGACACCACGCCGGGCUCCGGGUACCUCUGUGCGAUGAAGAUCACUGAAGAUGACCUGUGGAUCCGGACCUACGGCCGCCUCUUCCAGAAGCUCUGCUCCUCCAGUGCUGAGAUUCCAAUUGGGAUUUACAGGACAGAGUCACACAUGUUUGCAACCUCUGAGGUAGGGGCAUGGCAGUGGUGUUCACAGAUCUCAAUCAAUGUGGAGGACUGCGAGGACACAAAGGACGUCAAGGAGCACUGGGGCAUCAAGACCGGCCACCACCGCAACUCGUGCUCCAGCGACCAGUCGGAGCACCCGCUGCUGCGGCGCAAGAGCAUGCAGUGGGCCCGGCGGCUGAGCAGGAAGGGCAACAAGCACUCCAGCAAGACGGCCGAGUGGAUCAGCCAGCAGCGCCUCAGCCUGUACCGGCGCUCCGAGCGCCAGGAGCUCUCCGAGCUCGUCAAGAACCGCAUGAAGCACCUGGGCUUGCCCACGACCGGGUACGAGGAUGUAGCAAAUUUAACAGCCAGUGAUGUGAUGAAUCGGGUAAACCUGGGAUAUUUGCAAGGUAAUUCCCUUUCCCUGGGAGUCCCGCGUGACUCACGGCGUGCAGCGUACAACAAGAUCAUGCCAGCUGAGCCCAAACCACACACCCCUGCCGGUUUUCACCUUAGAUCCCCGAGCCUUUCAAGCACUGAUUGGUUUGUUUCGGAAAACAAAAGCCCGAACGGAGGCGCAAACAGGGCUCCACGAAGCCGUGGAGAUAAGAGCCUCAGGGACCCUGUUCUAGCUGAGUUCUUGCAGGGAAAUCGCAGCCUUAGGCUGUCGUUAAAAGAACCCCCCCUCCAUCGCUCUGCGAGUUCGUUUUGGUCUGUGAAGCCAGGGGCACCUUGAGGAGGGGAUUUGUGGGGGGCUGAGCACAGCGGAGCUGCUGCUGUGGGCUGUGAUGAGAUGCUGCUGCACCAGCCCCUUCUCCUCUUGACCCCACAUGGGUCAGGCACAGCUCAGGGUCCAGGCAGCAUUUGGAAAGCCCUUCACAAUCCUUGCCUUGUGUUCUUUAGCAUUAGCAAACCCUGUUUUCUAACCCAGCAGCGGCUCUCACGGGCACUGCCCAUGCUGCAGCCACCCCAAGCACCUUGUUGGUGUCUGCAGCGUUGUUGCAUCAUUUACACAGUGUAAAGGCACUCAAAGUGGUGUAAAGUGCCCUGGAAAGGCCCCGUUUUACUGCAGCAGUUAGAGGUUAGCAGUAGCCGGGUUCUUGCUGUGUUUUAGGCUUCACUAACCCGUGCUUAAGGUGAAAAGUUGGCAUUUUCCUACGAGCUGUCCUUCAUCAGAGAAGCAGCCCCAGCCGGGGCUCAUGGAAGCCCCACACCAGCACAGUAUAUUGCCAGCAGGGUGGUGGGUGCUGGGCAGAGCUCGGACCCCGCUGGCAUCUCCCCAUCCUGCAGAAGAGCUGGGGCUGAGUGGGCACCACAGAGGGUCCAGCACCAUCAAAUCACCCCAAACCAGGAGCCCCCGUGGGUGAACACCCGAUGUUGUGGCAUCACUCCCGGUGCAGGAGCUGGAGCUCAGCGCUGGCUCCCCCCC